CGGUACAGUAUGGAGGCUGUGUGGAGCAGAGCUGGAGCAUGUGCUGAGUGUUUCUACAGAGAGAGAUAAACAGAAACAUAGGAUCCUGAUUGUGGAGUAAUUCUGGACGGGCAGGAUGAUCACCCCGGCGUUUGAGCUGAGUCAGGACCCGGAUUAUCUCACGCUGGUUAUCCGAGUGCCGUACACCCGGACGUCUGAGUUUGAUGUUUACAUUGAUGGGGAAGACUUCAAGUUCUACGCCAAGCCUUAUUUUCUCAGGUUGACUCUGCCUGGGAGGAUAGUGCAGGAUGGAAGGGAAAAGGCCUCGUUUGACAUUGAUAAAGGACUGUUUACGAUGCGCGUUCCCAAGGAGACGGCGGGUCAGGACUUCGAGGGUCUUCAGAUGCUGACGAGUCUUCUGGCUCCUAAGGGAUGUAGAUCCGCUAAACCCCUGGUGGAGGACGUAGGCACGAGCGGCAGAAGCGAGGCAGAUGAGGAUGAGGAUGAGGAUGAAGAUGAAGAGGAGGAUUUUGAUUGGCAGGUAGAGCAGGAGCCGUAUGUAGAAUCUUCAGAGGACGACCUGAAAAAGCUGCAGAAAUACGGGUUUGGGAACCUGAGGACCGGAGUCUUCUCCAGACUGCAGGAGGAGCUGUCAGAUGUUAUUGAUUUAGAAGAUCCAGAAAAUUCAACUCCUGCUAUGCGGAGAAGCAGCCGCUUGAAUGCUGAGACCACCAUAUUUUGUGCUGAUCACUAUCUGUGUGAUCUGUAUGAAGGUGAGGAGACGAGGCAGAUUCACCUGGAAUUUAAGCCGUGGUGGAGCGAGCUGAAGCCAGACGCUGAUCUCUCUGAACCUGCUGUGAUUUUCACGGACGAUGAAAAAGAGCAGAUGAGGAAAUUCACCAAUCGUUCCUACCUGCUGGAUAAAGCCACCCGACACCAGGUUUGGCUCGGCCUGGUGGACGUCAUCCUCGCCUAUGUGUAUGACGUUCGCACUACAGAAGGAGAACACAACGUGGAGUCAGCAUGGACCAUCAGGAAACUCAGUGGAACUCUGAGCUGGCUUGAGACGUAUCACUCAGUGCAGGAGGUGCUGGUGUCGUUUGGGAGGAGGGUGUUGUGUUAUCCGCUACACCGCCACUUCUCUCUGAUCACCACCGCAGUGAGAGACGCCGCUCACAUUUUCCAGUGCGGUAAAGCCUGCGUCCUGAAGUGCCUCCUCUCCAUCCAUAAGAUCUUCAGAGAGAACGAGCCGGCCUACAUCCUCAACGACCUCUACAUCUCAGACUACUGCGUCUGGAUCCAGCGGGUGAAAUCGAGGCACGUGGUGGCUCUGGCUGAUCCACUGCGUAAAUCCGAGCUUCAGAAGGACCAUUUGGACCUGGAGCUGAUCAUUCUGGAGAAAGCUGCUGAACUGGUGGUUGAGGAGGAAGAGGAGGAGAAAAAGAAGGAGAGAAAAGAGGAGGAAACAUCCAGCAGCAGCAGUAGUGAAGAAGAGGAGGAGGAAGACUCUACCAGCAGCAGUGAAGAAGAAGAGGAAAAGGAGGCGGAGAAAGAUAACAGCAGCGUUUUUCAGUCUUCAGAAACACAAGAACGGAGAGAUCAGCUGAUCCAGGAGCUGAGCGAGAGGAUGGAGGAGGGGCUGAGGAUGGAGGAGGAGGACGUCCCUCAGUCCUCCCGUCCCUCCAGCAGUCUCAGCUCACAGAGACCAGCAGGAGACGCGUCCCCGUCCUCUGCAGCUACAGCAGCUGGAGGAGGAGGAGGACGAACCAGCAGAGCUCUGGUGGACAUAUCUGGACAGUCUCAGAGCUGUAGGAAGACGCUGAACAUCGUGGACACUGAGGACCUGGACAGCGACGACGAGGAGGACGAGUACGAGGAGAAGAAGACAGCAAAUCACUGAUGAUGUGAUGAACAGAUAUAAGAGGAGACAAAAAAGACAAAAAGAAAAAGAGCAGAAAAAGAGUUUUUUCCAGUUUUUGUUGGACGUUUUUGGAUGUAUUUCCUUCAGCCAAGCUUGGAUUUACUCGUAUUUUGUAAUUUGUAAUUUGUUUAAGUAUUUUUUCUACCUUUUUCCAUUCAUGCACUUUCCAUGAUUUCAUGAUUCCAUGAUUUUAUGAUUGCAUGACUUGUAAAUGUAAAUGAUUAAAUAUGAACCAGCUUUCUAUCAAAAAGUGCAGCUGAUUUUAUUUGAUGAUAUUAAACUGUAUUUACUAUAAUAAUAUAAAAGCAAGCAGGGUUGUGGGUUGUGUAUGGUAGGGUCAUUUAAGGGUGAUUUAGUAAGACACAGUUUUUGAGCUGAACACGUCUGUACAGAUCUGUUUCUGUAAAACUGAAGAGUUUAAUCAUGAUUUAGAUUUUUUUUAUUUACUUCAUGCAAGAAAAUAAACCUUAUCUAACUGUCCCAAUCACCCUUAAUUUACCCAGCUGAACUGAGGUUCUCUGAGCUUCUUUCUAGAAAUGCAUUGUUUAAAUCCUUGGUAUAAAUAUUAAUACUGAUAUUAUAUAAUGGUAAUUUCAUAUUCAAUAAUAACAUGUUAUAUAUGUUAAAAAAACAAGUUUUUAAUGUGUUUUACCCAGGAAUUAAUAUUUUUUUGGGACCAAAUUUACAGAAAUAUCGUUUUGAGAGUUUGAUGAUCACCACUCAAUGAGAAAAUCAGAUUAGAAUACAUAUUCAGCUCUGAAAGAAAAAUAAGAAUCCACUUAAAAAUGAUGAGUUUCUUUAAUUUUACCAAAUUGAAAACCUCUGGAAUAUAAUCAAGAGGAAGAUGGAUGAUCACAAACCAUCAAACCACCAAACUGAACUGC